AUGGACUACCUCAGAAGUGAGUGGAUACCAUGCGCGGAAAGGUGGGCUCAUUGCUACACCAAUCGUGUCUUCCAUAUUGGUAACACAAGCACAAAUAGGGUAGAGUCAAUGCAUUCCUCUUUGAAGAAAUGGCUUGCCACUUCGACCCACAAGAUCGAUACACUCUUCCUCAGAUUUCAUACAUCCGUCGAGGGAAGAGUGAUUGAAUUGAAGAAGGACUUAGAGGCAUCACUUUCCAAGGUAUUUGCAUUAGCCUAUGGACCAGCAUAUGGAAACUUGAAUAAAGAAGUAAGCUUGUGGGCGAUUAAGUUGAUGAUGGAAGAACGAGGGAGAGAAAUCGUUCGGCGAUGUGGAUGUCGGCUACCUGAGACACAUGGUCUACCAUGUAAAUGUAAGAUGGAUGAAUAUAGUGUUGUCGGCAUAGAGUUGUAUCCCUACCACUUGCAUCGAUUCUGUUCAUCUUUAGUGUAUGAGAGUCCUCCCGAUCGUGCCGAAUGGGAAGACCAUGAUGCCAUUGAGCGUAACAUUUUUACAGCAAUGGUGGAGGAUGUGUACAAACAAGGGCCAUCUGCUAUUCGGAAGGCAACUCAGAUACUACGACCCCAUAUUCAUCCUCAAGUUGAAGGCCUACAAGAGCCUAGGGAGUCAGAUGCUCAAAGGGGACGACCACCUAAGAGGACCAACGCCAGAGAUCCUUCUUCGUUUGAGCAUGAGAGGGCAAGGUCAGCAAAGAGGAGCAAAAAAAAAAAAAAAAUCAGAGCCCGAGGACACCUAGGAGCAAAACCCCCGCAGGUUAGCAUCAUUUUAAUAUUUUUGUGA